AUGGCAGCGGGGAGCCAGUUCAAAGGCAUUGCUGGGGUUAUUGCGUUCUUUGGCUUCUUUUCCGGUGUGUUGAUAAUUUUUCAAUUACGGUUAUCUUCUCUAUUCAAAAGGAUGCCUCAAGAUCCCAUAUGCUACAUCUUUCAUAAAAUUUUAAUUUAACGCACACUCAUAUGCAGCAAACAACCCUCUGCGCGGCAUAUUUACACUUACCUGAGACGCCGGUGUAGCAAAUAGUUUUGGGCGAAGGAAAUUUGGCUUAUAGCUGACUUUAUCCAGCCUGACCCACACGCUUCACACGAAAUUACGUCAAUGUCAUCAGCCUUCAGCCUAAAAGGAUGAAUGCAUUUUGUAAUUGUUGGGAGACUUUACGUUUUUUUAUGAAGUGCAACCAUGGCAACACAUGGCUACGAGACGGAUUGCACCUGCUCCACUUUCGUCUGAAGUCUAGACCGAGGUGCUCUUUGCAAUGAAACCAGUAAUCGAAGAAUGUUGUUCAAACAGGGGCGGUUCCAUCAGGCUGGGCUGACAACCACAGUUUGGGGCUGUUGAAAAAGGCAUGAUGGUCGAACAACCACUCGACCAAUUACCGCAUCGACCUGCCUGCCGAUUAAGUAAAUGUGCCUCAGUAUCUGGCCAAGGGUUAAACCUGAGUGCAUUUCAGGCAAUGCCAGACCCACCAGACGUCACUUCGGACAACGAGAAGGGGAAAAGCGCCACCUGCAGUCUAACACAGGUUAAGGACACACCCACUACCAGCACAGAUAAUUUACAAAAGACAAGCAUGGUUGUGAAUGUGACCCGCGAACCUCAUAGGGGGUCUUGUAAUCCGGAGGCUUUCUUUCUGGGGUGGAUUUCGACCGGUUCGUCAUUAGAAGUGUCAGACCACGUAGGAACCCCUCCUGGCUAGGAUCUUCUCUUUUGGCUUUCCGCAGGUUUGGGGUUGGGAAGAGGUGCUGCGAAGACAAGGGAGACUAGGAUAGCCGUGUCUGGCUUAUUUGCCAUCGUCGGCCAACCACACGCAACUGCGGGUAUGGGUGGUCUGGGAUUCAAACGCGGAGUCUUUGGUCAUUCAUCAUUUCAAUUUGAACGCGCUUACCACUGAACCACGGAUCCGUUAUCCAGUCAGUUGUGAUCAAGAGUAUACACUAUCGUAGGAAGCGUGUUCGCCGAUCAGAUUACAGGAGGUACUCAUCCCCUUACGCCUUGCUGCUCAAUGCUCGUGCGUAGUCGCAUGAUGACCGGUAACACAGGCAAGGCGGGGUACCGAGUGGCCACUUCUGCCUUCUUCGCUUUCAUAAGCCGGACAUGCCAAUACUGCCUGUGAGUGCCUUAGACUAAGAACGUUGUCAAUAGGCCAUAUCCAAUAUCAGAAUUGGGAGGACAAAUAACCCAUUGCUAUACGUUCUAGGAUCUUUUUACUUCACCCAGGCAUCUAAUUAAUGUAGAGAUGAGGCGGACACUGCUGGCUCUAGUCAUCACCAAGACCCACUAAAUUUCGAAAAAUGGUAUCACAUGCCUACUUAUAUCUUUAAGUAACGAUUGUUUUUGACGUUAGGUUUAGGUCUCGGGGCUGUUUGCAUUUGCGCCAUGGUGUCGGUGACCUACUAUUUCGAGAAGUACAGAGGCGUCGCCUCUGGCAUAGCAGCUGCUGGCAACGGUGUCGGUUACAUCCUAGUGCCUCUCGUUCUCAGUACACUGAUGGAAUUUAUGGACUGGCGCAAGUCCGUACUGGUUUACGCUCUCAUCACUGCCAGCGUCUUCUUCAGUGCGGCCAUCAUUCUGCGGCCCAUUGAAGUUGACCUCCCAAGCCCAGAUGAGAUGGCUGACUUGGAGGAAAAGCAAUCCCUGCUCCAAUUUCCUGUCUCAAACAGGUCUAGACAGGUUUCUCUGGCGUUUGCGGAUGUAGGAGCGGCCCUCAGAAUGCUGGAACCCAUUCAGGAAACUGAAGUGGAGGCCGGACUAGCUUCUGAAACAGUUCCGGGUGAUUUGCCGGUUCCUGACGUCCUCACUAACGCAGACCCGGAAGAAUCCACCCAGAAAAUUUCUGAUUCGUUAAAGCCGGUACGUUAGGCUGCCAAAACGGACCUCCGCUUGCGUAAUACCCUUUUGGAUUAUAUUUAUUCGAAAUGUAUUCUCUGAGUAUGGCCGAGAAGUGGAUCCCAGGGUCCCAUUGAAUAACCGAAAAUGUUGACGGAGUUUCCAGCUGAUUAUACUACCCUAACAGCGGCCUUAGUUUCACUCCAGUUAGUUCCGUUUUGUAGCUCCUUGAGUGCAUACACUUUUAGCUUAUUGUAUGCAGCUGCUUCGAGUGUUCUUCGAGGUACAACAUACCAUGGUUCCAUAACAGGCCGAUAUGUUUGCCAAAAAAUAUCUGCCAGUUUUGAUGACUGCUCUUACUUCACCUUUGGCAGAUUGUCUAGUAGAGUCUAUCUUAUUUCACCCUUGUCUGAUUGUCUAAUAUAGUCUAUCGACUCCCUAAGACAGGUGCCAGGAGCGCCCUCAGAUCUGGCCUGAAGGCCGUUUAUCACAAUGGCGUUUUGCUUGGCCUUGAAGCUUUAAACUCAAGUCGGCGCAGAUAUUCUUUCCGGUCGGCGCGACAGCGACAAGCAGGUCAAGAGUAGUUAACUGGUCUUUCUUUCCCGCUGUGGGUAAUACUUGCCACUUAAUGCCUUCUCAUCGCUUUGCAGUUUUAAGGCAGACAUAAAAUCCUCAUUCAGCCUUGCAGUUGGGUUAAAUGAGUACCCGCCAUUCUUACGUGGCUCUGAGCAUUCCUACUGUAACCGACAGAAAGCCCGUUUGUGGCUCGACUGUUUGAGAGACAGCGUCUCUGACCAACUGGACCAGCGUUCAGAUGUCCGAUCUUCCUGCUCUGGGCUUGGGUAUGGCUGACCAGUGGCGACAAGCACCCCAAAAUGACUAUUUCAGUCUUCCUUUGUCGGUACUUCUUCACUAUUGUCUGCUUCUUUUUAGCAACUUUCUUGCGCCCCGACAAAUACUUCCCUCAUCUUCCACCGACAUGACCGACUAUCAGACGUAUGUCAGCGUCGAGAUUCUCAUGACAUGCUGGACCUACUGGCUGAUGUCUACAAAUAAAUGUGAUUUACAGAGCCCAUGAAAUAUGUAUAUACAGUGCGUGACCUAUCUCAUGAAAUGUUGGCUGAAAUUCUGAAAUGCGUUGUCGAUUAGGAGAGAUUACUUGGUCGCGGUUGUGAUAUUGAUUAUCUUAAGGCAUACUCUUAUAACAUUUUGGACUCGGCAGGAUGUCGACUUUUAAAUGCACUUCUUUAAAUCUCCUGUAGAAAGCGUGCUCGGUAAAAAAUGACUACUUAGGUAGCAUGCAUUUUUCCCACUGAUUUUCGAUGGUCUUUGAAAUUCAAAUAUAUUUUAUAGAAACCACAAACAAAUAUAUGCUUUCUUUUAGUCAAUCAAUAGAGAAUCACGUCUUCUUUAUAUUUUAUACUUAAGGAAGAAGCAUAAUUAGGUUUUAAAAAAGUUUCUAAUUAUGAGACUUUAUAAGACCGCGAUAUGUCCAUUCACAUAGCAUCGUACCUGGCCGUUUACCACUGCUCCUCGUGAAAUGUACAACAUGGUCCGCAUCCAUUGCAAAAUUUAAGGGACCCUGUAUGAUAUCUAUUUAAUGACAUAGAAAAAUAUGGGAUUUUCUUUACGCGGAACGCAUGCACCUUGUAGAGUGUAAUCACUAAGCGCUAAUGCAACGAAUAAUCAGGCUCCAAAUUUUUCGGCAAUUAGAAACUUUUUUAAAACCACAGCGACAGAGAAUGGCAGGUGGCGAGGCACUGAUGAACUUCGGUUCGAUGAAGUGCUUAUGACCCAUCUGAUAGAACCCAGUGGUGGACCAGCUGCGCCAGGUGCGUCUGAGCGCAUGUUUGUGUUUCCGGUACCAGCUGCUCGUGGUCAGGGUUAUGACUAGCUGAAUGAAGGCAAACAAGCCCGAAACAGUGCUGUAUCAAUCUACCCCCAGACUCUGUCGUCUCCCCUCUGAUAUAUAUAUAUAUAUAUAUCGAUAUGCGUAAAGAUUCGAGGUCCAGACAUUGUAUCGCGUUCAUCAUCUCCCGAAGAAGACGAAGAAGAGAGGGCGAAUCCUUACGUGGUACUCCAACCUUUAGGCUGUCAAAGUGGCUGUACCAGCGACUUUGUUUCCUUACCAAGGAUUCGGAGUGGACCGUGAAGUCGGCUGAAGAGUUCUUGACGCGCAUCAAACAUUUCGAGGUGGAGGCAGAUGAGGUGAUGGUGUCAUUCGACGUGAUCUCAUUAUUCACCUCCAUCCCACCCGCGCUGGCUAUCGACACUAUUGAUGGCUUUCUCCGGGAAAAGUUUGAUGAGACCGACCAACAGCUCAAACGAGCACACAUCAUCGAGCUCCUAGAACUGUGUCUUAAGACCUUCUUUACAUUCAACGGCCAAGUCUACGAGCAAAAGAAGGGGACACCGAUGGGCUCGCCUCUGUCUGGACUAAUUGCCGAAGCAGUUUUGCAGAGACUCGAGCAGCAGGUCUUCAGCUCGUACCCCCCGAAGUUCUGGGCCAGAUACGUGGACGACACGUUCGUUGUAAUCAAGAGGAGCGAGGUGAAGGCUUUCAAGACAUUGUUGAACUCAAUCUUCCCCGACAUUCAGUUUACUGUGGAAGAGGAAGUAAACAAUCAGUUGCCCUUCCUGGACGUACAAGUUACGAGAUUGACAGACGGGAAGAUAAGGGCAAUGGUUUACCGUAAGGCAACAAAUACUAGGCGCAUCCUCCACUUCCGAAGCAACCACCCUGUUGGUCAUAAACGCAGUUGUGUCAGAACUCUCUUUCAACGUGUUCAAACACUCUGUAGCGACGACAGUGAAAGACAAGUUCAGACACAUUCUUGAUGUAAGGAAGAGUUCGCCAUGUGCUUAGUUCAGGCGUCUGAUCGGAACUACCCGGCUCCUUCUCCCUUGAUUCUCGCUGCCUCAUGCAUCUGCGUACAAAAUCCUUAGGGUAUCCAUUUUGCGAAAAUAAUUCUUUCAAGUAGUUCAGUUCGGCUCGAUAGCCUUCUUCAUCCGAACAAUGUGUUUUUGCUCGACUAAGCAGACUGUUUACGGCACUCCGUUUGUGAGAAAUGGACUGGUUGCUCUUAAAAGGUAGAAUGACUUCAGCGUAAGUUUCUUUUCGGUAAACGGAUGUGCGGCACAGGCAAUUUUGUCAAGACCAGCUUCCUUUACGCUUAUUUGAAUCGCUGAACGACACGAUUUCACACGUUUCUGAACUCGAAAGACAAAAGAAGAGGAGUAAUUUAGACAGAAAAUGGAUGACCAUUUCACAGAAGGCAGAUACAGCUCAGCAGUUUUCAAAGAAAGUCGUAAAUCUAUCCUCCAGAGUCCUCACGACAACAGAAGAGAGUGUGCUGUCCAAGGGUUUGAAGUACAAUCUUUCCGACUCGAACUAUUUGGACUUUCUUGCAACCUUGGAAUCCAUUAUUUCGACAGCAAACCUCACUGAAGACGAACGGUCUAUCAUCCGAAAUAGUACUGUGCAAGCCUUAAGAGACCGGAACCAGUUUACGGUACUAUCACUUGAAGAAAAAAAGGCGAUUAAAGGCCUUAAAAUGGACCGAAAUAUUAUCAUUCUUCCCGCGGACAAAGGAGGCUCUACUGCCAUUUUGAACAAGACGGACUAUAAAGAGAAAAUGCUGUCAUUAUUAGACGACAGAUCUACUUACCAACCACUCCCCACAGACCCCACCAAAGUGCAAGCUUCAUCCAUUGACAAAGUAUUGAAGCGUCUCACAGGGAAGAAACAACUGUCAGAAGACAUCGCUAAAUCGCUCAAGCAAAUUGAGCCGACCAUCGCGAAGAUCUAUGGAUUGCCUAAAGUUCACAAAACCGAAGUCCCACUUAGACCGAUUGUAUCACUAAUCGGUGCGCCUAACUACAAAAUUUCCAAAUGGUUAUUCCAGAAACUUCAUCCUCUCACGAAGAAUUGUGAAACUUCAAUAGAAAACUCGACCGAAUUCCUGAAGAAAUUGCAAGGGAUCACAAUUUCCUCCGAUGAGAUAAUGGUCUCUUUUGAUGUCGUUUCCCUGUUUACGUCAAUACCGUUGGAUGUCGCAAAAAAAUGCACCGAGGACCUCCUACUGUGCUACGACACUGAUGUGCCCGCCGCCGCGGUGCUCGAACUGAUUGGUUUAUGCUUGGAAACUAACUUUUCAUUCGACCAGCAAUGCUACAAGCAACUGAAGGGAGCCCCUAUGGGGUCACCCAUUUCUGGUUUCCUCGCUGAAAUAACAAUGCAGAAACUAUAG